AAAAUGUCACAAUCUCUUCCAAAGUCUCUGCAUUUUCCAUAGCUCUUACGAGACUGAACUUGAAAGAGAUCCCAAAAAUCCGAUACUGAAAUCUCCAGGGUUAGACUGUUGACGAGAUGAUACUUGUGCAGGAAAUCUGAACCCUGCACAAGAGUUGUCAUGAGUGUUAGAUGGCCAAGAGUUCUAACGCCAAGUCUUCUUUCUCAAAUUCUAAAGAAGCAGAAGAAUCCAGUGACCGCACUUAAACUCUUUGAGGAAGCGAAAGUGAGGUUUCCGAGUUACGGUCACAAUGGCACGGUGUAUGCCACCAUGAUUGACAUCCUCGGUAAUUCUAACCGUGUGUUGGAAAUGAAAUAUGUCAUUGAGAGAAUGAAGGGUGAUUCUUGUGAAUGUAAAGAUUCGGUUUUUGCAUCGGCUAUUCGUACAUUCUCCAGAGCUGGAAGGCUGGAUGAUGCCAUUUCUCUCUUCAAGAGCCUUCAUGAGUUCAAUUGUGUGAAUUGGACUCUAUCUUUUGAUACUCUUUUACAGGAGAUGGUUAAAGAAUCAGAGCUCGAAGCUGCUUGUCAUAUAUUCCGAAAGUAUUGUUAUGGUUGGGAGGUGAAUUCUCGAAUAACGGCUCUGAAUUUGCUUAUGAAGGUUCUUUGCCAGGUCAAUCGCUCUGACCUUGCGUCUCAGGUUUUUCAAGAGAUGAAUUACCAGGGUUGUUAUCCGGACAGAGACAGUUUCAGGAUUUUGAUGAAAGGGUUUUGUCUAGAGGGGAAACUUGAUGAAGCCACGCACCUGUUGUAUUCAAUGUUCUGGAGGAUCUCACAGAAAGGUUCAGGUGAGGACAUUGUGGUUUAUAAAAUUCUACUGGAUGCAUUAUGUGAUGCUGGUGAGGUUGAUCAAGCUAUUGAAAUUCUUGGUAAAAUCUUGAGAAAAGGACUAAAGGCUCCAAAACGAUGUUACCAUCAAAUUGAAGCUGGUCAUUGGGAGAGUAACAGUGAGGGUAUAAAGCGGGUGAAACGAUUGUUAACCGAGACUUUGAUCCGAGGCGCAAUUCCCAGUUUGGAUAGCUACAGUGCCAUGGCUACUGAUCUUUUUGAGGAAGGUAAGCUUGUUGAAGGUGAAGAAGUGCUUCUUGCAAUGCGAAGAAAAGGCUUUGAGCCAACACCAUUUAUUUACGGUGCCAAGGUGAAAGCACUCUGUAAAGCCGGAAAGCUUGAAGAAGCAGUUUCUGUAAUCAAUAAGGAGAUGAUGGAAGGUCAUUGCCUUCCAACAGUUGGAGUGUAUAACGUUCUUAUAAAAGGGCUAUGCGAUGAAGGAAAAUCCAUGGAGGCUGUUGGAUAUCUCAAAAAGAUGUCUAAGCAAGUCUCUUGUGUAGCAAACGAAGAAACAUAUCAAACUCUAAUGGAUGGUCUAUGUCGAGAUAGUCAGUUUCUUGAGGCGAGUCAGGUCAUGGAGGAGAUGUUGAUAAAAUCACACUUUCCUGGUGUUGAAACUUACCAUGUGAUGAUAAAAGGUCUUUGUGAUAUGGACCGGCGAUAUGAAGCUGUGAUGUGGUUGGAAGAGAUGGUUAGUCAGGAUAUGGUGCCGGAAUCUUCUGUCUGGAAAGCUUUGGCUGAGUCUGUCUGCUUUUGUGCUAUUGAUGUUGUUGAGAUACUUGAGCAUCUAAUUAGUAGCAAACGUUGAUCAUUCUCAAGAUUGAAAAAAAUCUUCAAGAAACACAAAUUCCUCGAGAAUCUGUUCAAAGAAAGAUGGAGAACUCAAAUUUUGGGUAUUCGACUGGGUGAUAUUUUGCUCCUGACUUGUAUAAGAUCACUGAGGCUACAUGUUGAUGCUUCUUGUCUCAUUAUAUCAUUCUAUUGUAAAAGUUUUUGUGAAAUGUAAUUAUUUCAAUUAGUAACAGGUUUCGUUGACCAUAUUAA